UCGCUAAAAUAUAAUCGACGUAUGUGCGGCGAACACGUGUCAACGGCUGUCGCUAUAGCGAACAGUCGCUUGUGUCGUGUACCUCGAACGUGGCGGUCUUAAUGGAAAGCAACAUGCUUUGGUCCUUGUUGCUUUUCUUAGCCCUUCAGUCACUGGCGGUGGCUAAGAAAGAGUCCCAUAAACUUAGCCAUGAGGCCGAGCAGCUCCGGUCCAGGUGGACGGCAUCCGAGGUGAUACACGAUUUGAAUCACAUUAAAGACGAUAUGAGCAAACUUUACGACCUACAGCGUUCUGGGGAAAUUGAGGCGAAGGACGCCACGUUUUAUUUCUUCAGAAUGCAUGACUUCGAUGACAACAAUCUCCUCGAUGGGCUCGAAAUUAGGGUGGCCCUCAUUCACUCCUUGGAGCACCAGAAACUGGGACAAGCCGUCAGACUGGACGACAUACCAAUGCUAGUUGACACCACCUUGGAACUAGACAGAGACAACGACGGCUUUCUCAGUUACGCAGAGGCACGAGUGGCCGAAGAGUAACUGGACACCCUCGCUUCAAGACCACCUCAUACCACCAAAAGCCACCGUGCUCACUUGAUACCUGUCAUUGACUAUAUGUAGACCUGUUUGCCUGCGAUGGUGCGGAGUGUUGAAGGAAACAGCUGUUCAUUUAGAUAAAGCUGGAACUGGGUGUGGA